AUGCAAAACGACCAGUUUGAGAACCAACGGCUAGAAGGGGCCCAGGAUGCUUCGUUCAUGACCUUAUCUCAGUCAUACACCCUUGAACAGACAAAAGAAGAUUUGCUUCCGUGCGGUCAGAAAGACAUAUUCACAUCCCGCGGCGUCCCGGAGACAACGCCUAUCCGCCAACAAGCCUCGAUCUCAGCACGGUCAGUCGACCAAGAUGAAUACCUUCCGGGGAGGGUCUGUGCCGGCGACAGCAGUCUAUCCGCCCAAAACACCGUUCUAUAUCUGGCCUAUGGAUCGAAUCUCGCAUCCAAGACCUUCUUAGGAAUGCGCGGCAUCAAGCCCCUCUCGCAACUCAAUGUGAUUGUUCCAGAUCUCAGAUUAACAUUCGAUCUCCCGGGAAUUCCGUACAUUGAACCAUGCUUCGCAGGGACUCAUUUCCGGGAUAUCCCCGCUGCUGAAGACGAGGAGAACGAUGUCCCAGACUUUUUAGAAAAGCACACCCUUUUACAGAGAUCAGAGAGCGAUCAAGACCGCUACAAGGGUCCACUCAUCGGCGUCGUAUACGAGGUCACGCUGUCCGACUACGCCAAGAUUAUAGCCACAGAAGGAGGCGGCCGCGGCUACAAAGAUAUCGUAGUGACCUGUCAGCCAUUUCCAAACGACUAUAAUCCUGCCGACCCAAUUCCAGAGCGCCCAGCGACGCAACCCUUGAAGGCACAUACGCUCCUCUCACCAGCCGGCAUGCAGGAGAUGCAGCUUCGAACAAAGUCAAAACUCGGUGUCCCGCGGAACAGACGCUACACUCAACCUUCCGCUCGUUAUCUGAACUUGAUCACCACCGGCGCUGAAGAGCAUAACCUCCCUCUAGAGUACCGGGCAUAUCUUGCUCAAAUCCAGCCGUAUCGCAUCUCAUCAGUGCGACAGAGGAUUGGCAUGGUCUUUUUCCUGGUUUUGUGGGGUCCGUGGCUCCUGCUGAUCCUGGGGUUAUCGCGAUUUUGUGCUCGUCCAGAUGGACGCAGUCCUGAGUGGGUGGGCGGACUUAGUGACUCUGUGAAAGCUGGGAUCUGGAUUAGUUAUGACAAAGUAUUUGUGCAUAUAUUCGGGAAUGGUGAAAGGACUGUGAAGCGAUGA